AUGGAAUUUCGAGCCUCUGAUUUCGGAGUCAAACGGAAAAAGAAGGCACAUCCCAAACCGAUACCAAAACGUCCACCAUCCCCAGAAAAUGUAUUAUCAACGAUAUCAGUGGGUGGGAUUGGCGAAGAGAUGUUAAAAAGUAUGGGAUGGUCAGAGGGUAAAGGUGUAGGUAAAUAUGAGCAGGGCAUUCAAGCCCCCAUUAAACCCGCAUCAACUGCCAACCGAGAGGGUGUUGAUUCAGUUCAAACAACGCAACGACGAGAUGUUGAUUUGAAGUUACUUCAUUACGGAGAAGAAGCAAAAACUGAGAACAUUGAGGAAUUAAUUGAACUUGAAAAUGGUGUGAAAGAGACAACAUCAAAAGUUGAGGAUUUAAAGGAGCAAAUAACAUUAACAAAAACAAAAAUUCAACGAGCGUUGGAAGACUCGAUACAAAUGGCAACGACAAUAGACGAAAAGAUUGAAGACUCUCAUGAAAGUACUUCGUGGUGUGUAAAAGGUGUUGAGAUAAUAACUCAAAUAUCUAACGAUUUAAAUGAAGUCACAAACCCCACUACUUGCAUCACUUAUCUCCAACAGAUUGUCACUUGGCUUAACAAAGGAAUCGACACAUCUUUAAUCAACCGAAUUUCAAGUUAUCUCAUCAACUCUCUACUGUUGCGAGCAGUCGAUGAAUUGGAAUUUGUGAGAACAACGUGGAGGAUAGAUAAUGCUGUUGAAGGUCCUUACUACGAGCUAAUGCAAAGUGCACAAGCGCUUUGUACUCCCCGCUUCUUGGGAAUAACAAAACAACUCUCUGACUCUUUGGCUCUCAAUUUUUUCAAAGAAAAUGUUUUUCCAACUUUACAAAAAAAUGUGGGUCGUGGAAUUCUUUUUUUAAAAAAGUGGAAAAUCUUGAUGAGUGACGAAGGCGCUUUAAAUAUUAUUAAUCUCAUCACCGAAUAUACACUUAAUACUGGGGGAAUUAAUGACUGUUUUUCUUUAAUGGAAGAAUUCGAUGGAAUUGGUGAGAACAAACUUUUCGUCGAGAAAAUGACAACUCUCAUCACUCAAAUAAUCAAAUCAGAACAAGAUUGUAACGGCAUCGUCGCAAUCAUCACAAAAACCAACAAUUAUUUAUCCAAAACGAAUCAAACUAAAUUGCACCAAUUCAUCGUUUCAGAAAUUUGCGAGCGAAUCACAAAGAAAAAGAGAGUGGAUGCUUUAAAAGAGCUCAAUCUUUUUGAGUCUUUAUUUUCUCAAGAUGAACUUGUAUUAUUCUGCUCGAAAUGUCUUCUUUUAUCAGAUACAAUCACGUCACUCGUGUGGAAUAAAAGAGAUUUAAAAUUUAUUAUUGACAAAUACACUGAAAUUCGGUCUUACAUAAAACCUUGUUGGAUUAAAAAUGACGUUGAAAGAAUACUACGAGAGUGGUUGACUUCCAUUGACUCAUACACGUCAUCUCUUUUAUAA